AUGGUCAAUCUUAACACUGUGCAGCCCAGAAAUGGCAGAAACUGCUAUAUAGCACUAGGUCUAGAGGGCUCAGCAAACAAGCUGGGCGUCGGGAUUCUGAAGCAUCCGGUCCUACCACAGCAUGAACAAGGUGAUUUCUCCUAUGAUUGUAAGGCAGAGAUCCUGGCCAAUAUCAGAGACACGUACAUUACUCCACCAGGUGAGGGCUUUCUGCCUCGAGAUACUGCCAGGCAUCACAAGAACUGGUGUGUGAGGCUAAUCAAAAGAGCUUUGCAGGAAGCUGGGAUCACGAACCCAACGCUAGAUCUCGAUGUUAUAUGUUUCACAAAAGGUCCAGGAAUGGGAGCGCCCCUUCAUUCGGUUGUCAUUGCAGCCAGGACUUGCUCACUUCUAUGGGACGUGCCGCUAGUUGGUGUGAACCACUGCGUUGGACACAUCGAGAUGGGUAGGGAAAUAACCAAGGCCGUCAACCCUGUAGUUCUGUAUGUGAGCGGUGGGAACACGCAGGUGAUUGCAUACUCAGAACAACGAUACAGAAUAUUUGGGGAGACGCUGGACAUUGCCAUAGGAAACUGUCUCGAUCGAUUCGCGAGGACCAUGAAGAUCCCAAACGAUCCAUCCCCGGGAUACAACAUUGAGCAGCUGGCCAAGAAUUGCAAACGCAAAGAUCAGCUCGUGGAAUUGCCCUACACAGUCAAGGGAAUGGACCUGUCGAUGAGCGGAAUACUGGUGUACAUCGAUUCUCUGGCCAAAGAUCUGUUCAAGGGAAAUAAAAAGAACAAGAUAUUGUUCGAUUCAAAGACAGGCGAGCAAAAAGUUACGGUCGAAGACCUCUGCUAUUCACUACAGGAGAGUCUAUUCGCCAUGUUGGUAGAGAUAACCGAAAGGGCAAUGGCACAUGUGAACUCCAACCAAGUCCUAGUGGUCGGUGGGGUCGGUUGCAACGUCAGACUGCAGGAAAUGAUGCGACAGAUGUGCGAAGACCGGGCAAACGGUCAGGUUCACGCAACUGACGAGCGAUUUUGUAUCGAUAAUGGUGUGAUGAUCGCGCAAGCUGGCCUGCUACAAUUUAGGAUGGGCGAUGUCCUGACAGAUUUGAAACAGACCAUUGUCACCCAAAAGUUUAGAACCGACGAAGUAUAUGUAGACUGGCGUGAAUAG